CUCUUAUAUAAACAAACCACCCUCUAUUCACUCUCUCUCACAAAACCCUUUUGGCUGUUUUGUCAGUUCUCAGCAAAUCACUCUCAAGAAACCAACACAACUUUCCAAUCCAUGGCUCUUUUCAAAUUUCCUUUGCUUCUCUUUCUCUCCUCUUUCUUUCUCCACGCAGCACUAGGUGAGAUUGUUUGCGAGAAAUUGCCGAAGGAUGUAUGCGCAUUUUCUAUAGCAUCAUCUGGGAAGAGGUGCUUGCUGGAGACUUAUGCGAGGAGAGAUGGGAAGGUGGAGUACCAGUGCAGGACAUCAGAGGUUAUUGUUGAGCGAAUGGCAGAUUAUAUAGAGACAGAUGAGUGUGUAAGAGAUUGUGGGGUAGACAGAAACUCUGUUGGUAUUUCUUCUGAUGCACUUCUUGAGCCUCAUUUUACUGCCAAGCUUUGCUCUCCUUCUUGUUACCAGAAAUGCCCCAACAUCGUCGACCUUUACUUCAAUUUGGCUGCUGGCGAAGGUGCAUUUUUGCCAGACCUGUGUGAUGCUGCAAGGACCAAUCCCCGCCGUUCGAUGAUUCAGCUGAUGAGCUCAGGUGCAACUCCUAGUCCUACUGCCAGCGACUCAUCAACUUCUUUCAUUGGCGCUCCUGCUUCUGCUCCUAUGUAAUUUCAUCAUAAUAUCAUAUAAUUUUUUAUUCCAAAUUUAUUAGUGUAAAGCCAAUCAGUAAUAAAUUUGAGUUGAGAAUUGGGAUUGAGAGGCAA